GCUCGAGCACAGCAGCUCAUUGAAGUAAACGGUUGUUCCUGCUACUCCUCACUGCGGUUAAAGCAGGUCGAAUUAUCUGUAACUUUUUUCACACAGUUUAAAGGUGUUUGAAAGCUAACCCGGAGUACUGAGACUUGUGACUACGGGUUCUGCUGCUGCUGCUAGUAGACCAUGACUUCACUCACUCUGAAAGGAGUGACAGUGAACUUCCCAUUUGUUCCGUAUGAAUGUCAGAAGGACUACAUGAGCAAAGUGAUAGAGUGUCUUCAGGAGAAGGCCAAUGGGGUUCUGGAGAGUCCGACAGGUACCGGUAAAACUCUUUGCCUGCUCUGUGCCACCCUGGCCUGGAGGGAGCGCUUCAAGGACACCAUCUCUGCCCGCAAGAUCACAGAGAGGCUGAAAGGAGAGGAGAUGUUCGCCAACACCCCGCUGUCCUCCUGGGGGACGGCUGCCACAGACGGAGAUACACCAACCUACUACACUGAUGUUCCCAAGAUCAUUUACGCAUCCAGGACACACUCUCAGCUGGCUCAAGUUAUCAAGGAGUUAAAGAAUACUUCCUACAAGCCAAAGGUGUGUGUUCUGGGAUCGAGAGAGCAGCUGUGUAUCAACCCUGAAGUCAUGAAACAGCAGAGUAACCAUCUUAAGGUCCAUUCGUGCAGAGCCAAAGUUUCCACAAGAUCAUGUGUCUACUACAAUAACGUGGAAGAGAAGAGCACUGACAAAGAGUUGGUGAAUUCAGUCCUCGACGUGGAAGACUUGGUCAAAUUCGGCAACAAACAGAGGGUCUGCCCUUACUACCUCUCCCGGUCCCUGAAGCAGCAGGCAGACAUUGUUUUCACGCCGUACAACUACCUGCUGGAUCCAAAGAGCCGCAGAGCGCACAACAUCGAGCUGAACGGAGCGGUGGUCAUCUUCGAUGAAGCUCACAAUGUGGAGAAGACGUGUGAAGAGUCCACAUCCUUUGACCUGACUCCAUAUGAUGUGGCCUCCGCCAUCACUGCUGUGGACCGGCUGCUGGCGGAGCAGGCGAAAGAGGCCAGCCAUGGAGACACUGUCAGUGACUUCAACAUGGAGUCCCUCAACUCUGGUUUAAAAUUGGAAUUAGCUACCAUUGCUAAAAUUAAACAGAUACUGCUGGAUCUGGAAACCGUCAUCGAUUCCUAUGAUGUUCCAAAUGAAGUAGGCAUCACAAAACCUGGAAU